AUCAGAGCCCUUGCGUUCAACCCAGUCGUCUGUUUGCUAGCAACCCUGCUAGCUACAGUUCAAACGCCAACGUCUGGUGGCGUCACAGCUUCGUUGUGCAUUUGAACGCAUCACCCCUCCAGGCAACAGCUUGCAGUGACCUGACAGGGAGUCCUUUUGUUGGAUUUGUGUGUAGUUUUCUCCGUGUGAACAAUGGGUGAUCCUUGGCAGGAGUGCAUGGAGCACUGUGUGGCGGUCACGAAACAGGCUGGCAAGAUGAUCUGCGAGGCGCUCCAGAAGGACAUCGCCGUCAUGCACAAGAGCUCGCCGGUCGACCUCGUGACCGAGACGGACCAGCGAGUGGAGCAACUCAUUAUAUCCUCCAUCAAGGCCAAAUUCCCCACACACAGCUUCAUAGGUGAGGAGUCGGUGGCAGCGGGCGCUCCGAGCGUUCUCAGCGAUCACCCGACGUGGAUCAUCGACCCGAUUGACGGCACCACCAAUUUUGUCCACAGAUUCCCAUUUGUGUCAGUGUCAAUUGGCUUCACUGUGAAGAAAGAGAUAGAGUUCGGGGUGGUGUACAGUUGCAUAGAGGACAAAAUGUACACCGCCCGCAAAGGGAAGGGCGCCUUCUGCAACGGUGUCCCCAUUAAAGUGUCAGGACAGGAAGAUCUCAGGCGCAGCCUGGUGCUGACUGAGGUGGGCUUCAAAAAGGACCCUGAGCAGUUCACAACAAUGAUGGCCAACAUCAAGAGCAUCCUGACCAUCCCUGUGCACGGUAUUCGCUCACCAGGCAGCGCUGCCAUCAACAUGUGUCUGGUCGCGUGUGGCUCCGCCGACGCUUACUACCACAUGGGCAUCCACUGCUGGGACAUGGCUGGAGGAGCCGCCAUUGUCACAGAGGCGGGGGGAGUUAUCAUGGAUGUCUCAGGUGGGCCGUUUGAUCUGAUGUCCCGCCGGCUCAUCGUGGCCAGCAGCAGAGCCGUGGCCGAGCGCAUCGCCGCACGGAUAACCGAGUUUGGCGUCGGCAGGGACGACGCAGAUGGCUCGUAAAAAAAAAAAAAAAAAAACGGCAGCCUCAUGAAGGUAGAGAAACCUGAGGCGUCGGGCUAAAGUUUUUCAAAUUGAAAUACACAAGCCAAGUGUGAUAAUUUUAAAGUAAUACCAGAGUGUUGUUGUGAAAUACGGGAUAGGCUAACUUCACCAGCCUGGUGAACCUAGCACCAGUACCUGUGCAGUACAAUGCAUUAUGUCACUACCUUAUUCCAAAAUGGAAUAAAUUCAUUUUUUCCCCUCAAAAUUCUACACACAACACCUUGUAGUAACAACAUUAAGAAAUAUUUAAAAAAAAAUUUGCUAAUUUAUUAAAAAUAAAAAACGAAGAAAUUAUGCUCUACAAUUAUUAUAUCUAGUAAUAAUUGCAGCUACAUUUCUUAUCCAUCCCGAGCGCAUCGCCGCACGGAUAACCGAGUUUGGCGUCGGACGACGCAGAUGGCUCGUAAAAAAAAAAAAACGGCAGCCUCGUCCGCCAAUUUAACGGGUAUUCACAUAUCUAACAAGCCGUGAGUUUGUCUCUUACCUCCGAGGGCCAGCAUUCCUUUUGAAUUUGAGACAGGAACACUUGUAUUUGUGUGGCUAGCAUAGAAGUAGCACGCCAUCAAGGGAGUUCACCUGUAAGUACACUCGAUGCAUACAAGUAUCGGAUGCCUGCAGGGAGUCAUCAUGCAUCUUUAACGGCCCAAUAAUUCAGUUGGAAACGUGGGAGGGACUAACAUAGCUGCACCAGCGCACUCGUGUAUAAAAAUACAGCCGAAUAGUAAAAAAAUGGCAGCAAAAAUACAUUUGAAAUAUUAUCAGAAUAAAUGUCAUUUUAUGGGAAAAUAAUCCUAAUUUUACUAGAAUAAUGUAAUAAUAUUAUUAGGAAAAACAUGUCAUUUUUAAAAGCAUAGUAAUCAUAUGCAAGAAUGCAAACUUUGGACAAUUAAGCUGGGGAAAAAGUUAUAAUAUUCAUUCAUUUUCUACCGCUUAUCCUCAUGAGGGUCGCGGGGGGGGGGAGGGGUGCUGGAGCCUAUCCCAGCCGUCUUCAGGCGAGAGGCGGGGUACACCCUGGACUGGUCGCCAGCCAAUCACAGGGCACAUAUAGACAAACAAUCAUUCACACUCACAUUCAUACUUUCAUACAUACCAAUUUGGAGUCGCCAAUUAACCUAGCAUGUUUUUGGAAUGUGGGAGGAAGUCGGAGUUCCCGGAGAAAACCCACGUGGCCACCGUGCACACCGUUGUAUUUAUUAAUUUUUUUACAUGGUGCCAGUAUUAAACUUUCAGACCGUUUCAGUGUAGUAAAUACAUCUGCAUCUUAUACUUUUGCUGUGUUUUUAUUUGAGGAGCCCAGAGAGGGGCUAACGUCAUUGCAGCACCCCAUUGAAUGCGUUGCUCAAAUGCAAUACAGUAUGGAGUUUUUAUUUUAUUCAUAUUGGUACAUGUUUGUAUAUUUGAGUGUGAAGUUGCUGUAUGAUGACUUUGGUGACUGUUAUAUUGUUAUAUACACAUAUAGACAAACAACCAUUCACACUCACAUUCAUACCUAUGGACAAUUUGGAGUCACCAAUUAACCUAGCAUGUUUUUGGAAUGUGGGAGGAAACCGGAGUACCCGGAGAAAACCCAUGCAUGCACGGGGAGAACAUGCAAACUCCACACACAGAGAUGGCCGAGGGUGGGAUUGAACUCAGGUCUCCUAGCUGUGAGGUCUGCGCGCUAACCACUCGACCGCCAUGCAGCCAUACCUCAAAAUAUACACCAAUAUUAGUUUAAAAUAAAAAAACAACAACACAUUUUAAAGUUUUUUAAGGCAUUGCAUCUGAGCAACACAUUCAUUGGGGUGCUGCAAUGACAUCAGCCUCCCUCUGGGCUCUGUGCGCUCGGGCUCCGUCUGGUGGACAAAAUCAGUAUUGCGUAUAUGUCGCUUAUCCUCCACGGAACUGCUCUUCUGGCAGUAACACAUAAUAGGUAGAUGUUGUUUGUUAUUUAAUACUUGUAUUGGUACAUGUAAUAUAUAUUUCCUUUGAGUGUUAAGCUGCUGUGUAAUGAGUUUAAUUUUUUUUGUAAGAUCAAAUCAUUAGUCAGAGAUGGCCGAGGGUGGGAUUGAACUCAGGUCUCCUAGCUGUGACGUCUGCGCGCGAACCACUUGACCACCAUGCAGCCAAGUUAUAACAUGAAUAUAGUCAAAAUAUCAUGGAGAUAAAGUAAUAACAUUACAAAAAAUAAAAAAACAAGCAAAAAAAAACAGUAAUUUAACACUAAAUAUACUAUAUAUUGAUGGUCUGAAUACCUUUUGUCCAUAUAGUGUAGAUUUAGAUGUUGUGUAUGUACUGUAAGUAGUGAGCAAACACACAAAAAAACCCCCAUUACAUAAUCAUCACAUUGUGUGCCGCCUUUUGACGUAUGCCACUUCCUUCUGGAUUGCUACAUAUGUACAAGCGUGUGUCAUUCAUAGAAGAUGAUUCAACAUCUGUUAGCCCUGAGGAAAAUGGCAGUCACGACAGCAGUAUUUCUAUUUGGCACUGAUUUAUAUCAUAGUUUAAUUUAAGGUGGAUAAACAUUCUGUACUGUAUACACAAACUUGAAAUAUUAAACACCUCCCGACAGAUUGUCUGCUCUCCUUGUUGGGACAUGGUUGAUGGAGCAAUCAGGAGACCAAACAGACACAACCACACAAACCGCUUUUUUUUGUUUUUUUAAUUAUUUCGCCAUCCCAACCUGUCCGUCACCUGCUCUUUUAUUCAAUGUAAGCACCACGCCUCCACACCCUCCAGCUAUAGGAGGACAAACAAACAAAAAAAAAAAGGCGGAACAUGAAGGUAGAGAAACCUGAGGCUCCGGGCUAAAGUUUUUCAAAUUCAAAUGCACAAGCCAAGUGUGGUAAUUCUAAAGUUAUACCAGAGUGUUGUUGUGAAAUAAUAACUAAUAAUAAAUAAUAACUUCACCAGCCUGGUGAACCUAGCACCAGUACCUGUGCAGUACAAUGCAUUAUGUCACUACCUUAUUCUAAAAUGUCAUAAAUUAAUUUUUCCCCUCAAAAUUCUACACAAAACACCUUGUAAUAACAACAUCAAGAAAUGCUUUUUUUAAUUUUUGAAAAUUUAUUAAAAAUAAAAAACAAAGAAAUUAUGCUCUACAGCUUCAUGGGAAUGCAUGCCAUAGCACAAGCCAGGCAUUCCUGGAUGCACUGCAUACAUUAAACUUGUUUGUCAAUCCAUCCAUUUUCUAUGCUGGAGCCUAUCCCAGCUGAAGCAACCACUUAUCCACCGUGCGGCUAAACGUAUUAUUUCUCCAUCCCAACCUGUCCAUCACCUGCUCUUUUAUAAUACCAGAGUGUUGUUGUGAAAUUCGGGAUAGGCUAACUUCACCAGCCUGGUGAACCUAGCACCAGUACUUGUGCAGUGAAACGCAUUAUGUCACAGGCUUAUUCCAAAAUGUAAUAAAUUAAUUUUUCCCCUCAAAAUUCUACACACAACACCUUGUAAUAACAACAUUAAGAAAUAUUUUUAAAAAUUUUUUGCAAAUUUAUAAAAAAUAAAAAACGAAGAAAUUAUGCUCUACAGCUUCAUUGCAGUGCAUGCCACAGAACAAGCCAGGCAUUCCUGGAUGACUGCACACUUGUUUGUCAAUCCAUCUUUUUUCUAUGCUGAAGCCUAUCCCAGCUGGAGCAACCACUCUUCCACCGUGCGACUAAACAUAUUAGUAAUAAUUGCAGAUACAUUUCUUAUCCAUCCCUUGUGUUUAGUUGCAGUUUCAGCACUUCUCUAAUGACUGAAUGAGGUUAUUUGUCAAGGUUGAGGUGCACCCGUUGACCCGGCUCCACUAUGUUGGCUCCCGUCACACUACUAUUUAGUCAGUGGUAUGGAGAAACGGUUAUAAUUGGCAGCUACCACAGGGCUAAUUCCUGUAGUUCUUUAUAGCAGGGGUGCCCGACCACUAUGACGAAAGGUGACACCCAACAAGGCGUGGAAAACUUUUAUGUGCAAUGAUUUAAAAAAAAAGCAGUCAGACAAGAUGUAGGCUUGUGUUGGUGGUAGUCCUUUUUCCUUUAUAUUAAGUGUCAUAUAGACGUCAUAUUUGGCGCUUAGCCGUCAAAGUCAGUGCAGCAUCAGGACCAACUUGGCAUUGCAGCCUGUUAAAAAUGAUUAGGAAGGAAAACAAAACAUUUAAUAAGUGUUCCUGUGUGUUCUUCUUGGCCGUGAGGAAGUGUGUGACCAUUGUUCUGCUUCCGACUUUAUUCCAACAUGUUGGACACGAUCCUGGGUGUACAUUUUUCAACCAUUUGUUGUCAAAAAGCCAAAAUGUUGCCCUUUUAGUUUUGUUCAGCUUCAAGAUUACCAACAAACAGACUUUUUUUUAAUGAACAGGCAUCUUGAAAAGGUGUCUUUGCAGCACUUCCUGUCCGGGUUUCAUCAGAGCACAUCCUGUCCUUGACUUUGCCCUUCAGUAGUUUUAGAUCACUCACAGAAAAAUACAUGAUUUUGCCCACCCUUUUAUAGAAAUGUAAAAUAUUUACAUGUUGUGAAAUAUUGCCCUAAAAGAAAUCCCAAUGGUAAGUCAUGUGAUCAUAAUUAUGAGGUAAAAAGUCUAAAUUAUGAGAUGAAAAGUGAAAAUUACAAAAUAGUCACAAGGCAAAAAAGUCAAAAUUCUGGGAAAGUCAGAUAAAAAGUUGACAUUCCGAAAAUAUGAAAUUAUUAAAUAGAAAGUCGGAAUUAUGCAAUGUUGAAAUUAUGAAAAUAAAACUCUUAAAAACUUGACAUGUUUUAAGCAAAAGUCGAAAUUAUGAGAAGUUGAAAUCAGGAAAUACGUCAAAAUUACAAGAAAAUUAAAUUAUUAAAUAGAAAGUCGAAAUUACGAGAAGUUGAAGCCAUUAAAUAGAAAGUCAAAAUUAUGAGAAGUUGAAAUUAGGAAAUAUGUCAAUAUUACGAGAAAAUUAAAUAGUUAAAUAGAAAGUCGAAAUUACGAGAAGUUGAAAUAAUGAAAUCAAAACUCUGAAUUACAAGAAGUUGAAAUUAGUAAAUAUGUCAAAAUUACGAGAAAAUGAAAUAGUUAAAUAGAAAGUCGGAAUUACGAGCAGUUGAAAUUAAAUAGAAAGUCGAAAUUAUGCCAAAUUGAAAUUAUGACAUUAAAACUCAGAAUUACAAGAAGUUUAAAUUUGUAAAGAGAGUUGAAAUUACGAGAAGUUGAAAUUAGGAAAUACGUCAAAAUUACGAGAAAAUAAAAUUAGAAAGUCGGAAUUACGAGAAGUUGAAAUUAAAUAGAAAGUCGAAAUUAUGCGAAAUUGAAAUUAUGAAAUUAAAACUCGGAAUUACAAGAAGUUUAAAUUUGUAAAGAGAAAGUCGAAAUUACGAGAAGUUGAAAUUAAAUAGAAAGUCGAAAUUAUGCAUGGUCUGCAGAAAUGCUAACUAUGCUAACGGCUAACAUAUUUUACCUAUACCAAGCUACCCACAUGUUGGUAAAAACGCUGAGCUUUGCGAAAGGUUAGCACAGUUUUCUUAUCAUGCUAAGGUACUCUUCUGUUCAACAGUUGGAUAAAAAUACUAAGCUAUGCUAUAGUUAACAUAGUUUUCAUAUCAUCGCUUAUCCGAGAGUCACAGGGGUGCUGGAGCCUAUCCCAGCUGGGGUGGGGCGGGUAUGAAUGAAUGAUUGUUGAACAUAGUUAGCUAAAAAUGGUAAUCUAUGCUAAUAUUCAGCAUACUGUAACUUGAUCCAAAUGCUAAUAUUCAGCAAAUCUUUGCUAACAAAUUGCUUCAAGCUAGCGUAUGUGACUGGCUCAUCAUAAAAAAAGCUAAAGAAAAACAGUUUUGAAAGUUAGCGCCCUCUCGGCAGCCGUGUAACCGUGGCAAACAAUCACUUUAACAUGUUAAAACUCCUUAAACCAGAUAAACCAAACAAAUGAAAGUAUAGUGAUGUUUAUUGUUCUAUUCUUACUUAGCCUAAGGUGUUAAAAUGAUAUAGUCAACUCUUCCUGUCAUUGCCAGCAUGUUAGCAUCACAUGUAUAGCUACUAGCGUCUCACUAUGAAAUAAUACAUUAAAAAAAAAGUACUCUAGACAGGAGAAAAACGGGAAAAAUCCUGCACAUCUUUCAAAAAACGCACCGUCGACCUUGACCAACAUGAGUUUUAGUUGCCUUCACUUCCAGCUGUGAAUCCCGGGAGGUCAGCAUCCAAAACAUUUGUCAUUCGGGAUCAAUUAUUCAUAUUAGAGCUGCCAGGAAGACAGCAAGACUGAUGUAUUUGUUUUCCUCGUUCUAUUACCUCCCUCGGCUUUUAUCUCCUGAGCGUUUUUACAGCGCACCAGCCCAAUCUGCUGCUGCUCUCGGCCCCGGCGGAACUUUCUAGAAAUCUUUUUCCAUCUUAAUAGCUCAAGUCAGGUGUCGUAGCCGAGGUUUUCUUAAUGAUCGCGCCAAAUCUAAACUAAUAUGAACUGGAAACCUCAUAGUACAAAUAUACAACAUGAAGUGGCCAGAAAUAUUUCAAUAUUGAACAAAGCAAAACUGGUUCAACCAUAUCUUACUUAUUGUGUGGAAAUAUGGGCUAAUAACUAUAAAAGCAAUCUUCACUCGCUAAAUGUACUGCAAAAAAAGGGCAGUAAGGAUAAUUCAUAAUGCCGCCUACAGAGAACAUACUAACUCCUUAUUUCUAAAAUCACUAAUACUUAACUUGCUGAUAUAGUUCAUCUUCAAACAGCUAAAAUAAUGCAUAAGGCUAAAAAUAACCAAUUAGCUAAAAAUGUCAUCCAAUACUUCUCUACAAGAGAGGAGAAAUAUGAUCUCAGGGAAGAAGUACAUUUGAAACACUUAUAUGCUAGGACUAUAUUAAAAAGCCAUAGCAUUUCAUAGCAUGUCAUUGUUUGCAUGUUAUCCUCAUUAAAAUAUGAAAACCUAUAAAUGUUUGGGCGGUUUUAGUUAAAGCAGACACUGUUUUUUCAUCUGUGUGAUUUUGACAAAGAUCAGAUCACAUUUGAUGGUGAUUUUAUGCAGAAAUGUGAGAAAUUCCAAAAGGUUCAGAUACUUUUUCAUACCACUGUAUGUACUUCGGUAUGUGACAAAAAAUAUAUAUAUAAGUGUGUAACAUAAGUGCCAAUAAAAAUAAAAAUAAAAAUAAAAAUAAAAAUAAAAAUAAAAAUAAAAAUAAAAAUAAAAAUAAAAAUAAAAAUAAAAAUAAAAAUAAAAAUAAAAAUAAAAAUAAAAAUAAAAAUAAAAAUAAAAAUAAAAAUAAAAAUAAAAAUAAAAAUCAUCUCGUCUCAUAGGGUGAGGAGCUCAAGUACCAGAUGGAGGGGUAGGAUUUAAUAAGCUUUGCUUCUUCCUACUCCUUUUGUAAGGUCAUAAUCACCUCGUACUUCGGUACAGGACAAAAAAUUAAAAAAUUAAAAAAACUUAAAAACCUUAAACUAUAUUAGGAAAGCAGGAAGUGAAUAAAUGUAACAGUUACUGAUUGUAAAAGUACCAGAUGGAGGGGUAGGAUUUAAUAAGCUUUGCUUCUUCCUACUCCUUUUGUAAGGUCAUAUCACCUCGUACUUCGGUCAAAAAAUUGGACAAAAAAUUAAAAACUAAAAAAAAAUUAAAAACAUUAAACUAUAUUAGGAAAGCAGAAAGUGAACAAAUGUAACAGUUACUGAUUGUAAAAGUACCAGAUGGAGGGGUAGGAUUUAAUAAGCUUUGCUUCUUCCUACUCCUUUUGUAAGGUCAUAUCACCUUGUACUUCGGUACAGGACAAAAAAUUUAAAAAUUAAACAAAAAUUAAAAACCUUAAAUUAUAUUAGGAAGGCAGGAAGUGAACAAAUGUAACAGUUACUGAUUGUAAAAGUACCAGAUGGAUGGGUAGGAUUUAAUAAGCUUUGCUUCUUCCUACUCCUUUCGGACAUGUGGAACUGUGAACUGAUUAUGCGAUGCGUUCAAUUGCAAUCUGAUGCAUGUUCAAAUGAACUAAAACCAUUACCAUUACCAAUAUUAGCAACAGAAGGCCUCAUAGGACUGGAUGUAACAUUCACGGCUGUCGUGUCAACUCGUGUUAGAUGACAAGCGGCAAAAAAGCGCCCAUCAAGACGGAGUUACGCAAGGUGUGACAAGAAUGGCAUGCCUGAACGAGCCUUUCCUGCCUCUGAUGCAUUCAAGUCUUUCACCAUUGUUACUGCAUGCUUUAUCGGAAUAUGAAAAGUGAAUAAAAAUAACUUGUGCUACAGAAUUUUAUAGUAAUUUAUAAAGACUGCAUUUCUUCUUGCAUGGGUCGAAGUUGCAAACAAGCUAAAACAUGCACAUUAGCAUACCGAUUCAGGUGAAAAUUUUCCACUUGCUUACAUUUAAAUGUGCCAUCAUGCCGUUGCAUGUUGUCAUGAGGUGGAUUUUUUUUUUUUUUUUUUGAGGCGGUGCUAGUACUUUUCCAACAACCACCC